AUGGGCUCCAACUGCGUAGCCUCAACAUCAAUAGGCUGCCUUUUCUGCUGCAAGGGCUGUGAUGCUGAGAAAGUCAGGAAUGCAUUCACAUUCAUUCCGCCACAGCCUUCUUAUGCUGUGGACGCGGAGGAUGUCGAGCAGAGCGAAGACACGGAGAUACCCCACAAGAUGUCAUACCUGAUGGAGGGCCUCGAAGGUUCCGAGCUUUACCGACGAGCAGCGCAGGCCUCCGAUGUGCAUUUCUUGACCACAAGGAAUGGGAACCAGAUUCCGAUGGUCUGGCUGCGGCGCGAGAAAGUCAGUCCAGCCAGGGAGGCCACUGCAGAGGCAUCUGCCGAGCCGCCCAUCGUGCUCCUCCACUGCCAUGGCAACGCCACCGACAUCGGGAUGAUGAUGGGCCCCUACUACGAGCUGGCAAAGGUCCUUGGAGUGGAGGUCUGUGGUGUGGAGUACAGCGGCUACGGUGCAUCCUCCGGGAGGCCCAGCUCUGGUAACAGCUACGCCGACGUGGAAGCUGCCUACGACUACCUGAUAGAGAGGGGCAUCUCACCCAAAAGGAUUGUCGCUUAUGGGCAAAGCGUGGGCAGUGGCCCAGCCACAUCCUUGGCCUCAAAGAAGACCUUGGGCGGCUGCAUCCUCCAUUCGCCCCUUCUCUCCGGCAUCAAGGUGGUGGAUCCCAAGCCGGAUGCAUGCUGUCGCCCUUCGUGUGUUUGGAGCUGCUUUGACUUCUAUCCCAAUGACAGGCGUGUUCGGCAACUUCUGUGCCCACUCUUCGUGAUGCACGGCCAGCGCGACGACAUCAUCCCGUUCUACCACGGCCUUCGAUUACACAAGGCCUGUCCCAAGCAGCACCGCUGGCCAGCCUAUUUCCCAACCCGUGCAGGCCACAACGAUUUGGUGGAGACAGACAUGCGAGCCUACUUCGGCGAGGUCUCCAGCUUCCUGCAAGAUGUUCGACGGAUCGCCUCCGGCCAGAAGGUCGAGCCACCUUUCGAGAAGCCUCCACAGGUGGAAAUGUCCGAUGCCUCCGUUCCUCAGGGCAAUGGCGGCAACGGGUCCCACGAAGCCGUGAAAGUUGGCCCAGAGGCACUGAAAAGGGCUGUGAGCGGCUGUGAGUCAACAGUUCAACAUCUCAAUCGACAUGAAAGAAACAAGAAGGUCAGUCGUGUCUUGGACGAGUGA